GGAGGAGCCAUUAGCAAUAUGCCUAAACAAAGAUAAGAGAUGGCUGUCCAAAGCAGCUUGAUGACCAAAUCAGAAGUGGCUCAAUCACCCACAAAGCUAGAAGAAACGAUUAGUCCAAAAGGUGUAUGUUUCUGGCUCAUCUUCCUUGGCAUUUGUCUCGCCGGUUUUGUCAGUUCAACUGAUGCGACUAUCAUUUUUGUCUCCAUCCCCACUAUCACGAAAAACCUCGAUGGUCAAGAGAACUACAUUUGGUUUGGGAAUGCCUAUGUAUUUGCCACCACUGCCGUUCAGCCAUUCUUUGGUCAGAUAUCCAACAUCUUCGGGCGUCGUCAUCCAAUGAUCUUCUCGGUCGCUCUUUUUGCCCUUGGAAGUGGAAUCACAGGAGGCGCCAACAGUUCAGCAAUGUUUAUAGCGGUAAGACUAGUACAGGGAGUUGGUGCUGGCGGCAUGAUAAUGCCAAUCGAUUUGAUUGUUUGUGAUCUCAUUCCUCUGCCAGAGCGCACUACAUAUCUGGGCAUUGUGCUGGGUGCAUGCGCUGUAGGUACUCUGAUAAGACCAGUAAUUGGUGGCGCAAUUGUAAGCAGAACGUCUUGGAAAUGGGGUUUCUGGAUCAAGCUUCCGGUUUGCGCUGUUACUCUGGCGAUUAUCGUACCAUUUUUGCGCGUCUCAUGGAAGAAGUCUCCUGCUUGGAGACACUCUCUAGCGCGCAUCGAUUAUCUGGGCAACGCCAUUUUUAUCGCAUCAAUAACAUCGAUUCUGUUAGGCCUGAUACAGGGAGGAGUUAAUUAUCCGUGGGCAUCUUGGCGUACCAUACUUCCUAUUGCCCUUGGUUGGAUUGUCUUCGUGCAGCAGGAUUAUUGUAUCGAGCCAACGAUGCCACUGCGGCCCUUUGCUCACAGAACCUCAGCCACAGUAUACUUUCUGGAUUUCAUGAUAUCUAUUCUCCUCGAGUGGUGUAUAUUCGUUCUACCCCUCUAUUUUCAGUCACAACUCGGCACCUCUCCUCUCAAGUCCGGUAUCGAUAUUUUACCCAUCAACGGAUUUAUGAUUCACAGUGCUGGCAUUGCUGGAGCUUUGUUAACAAAAACUGGCAAGUACAAACCUCUUCACUCGGUUGGUUUCUCCCUUCUUGCAAUCGCAACCGGCUUGUUUUCUACUAUGACAAGUACUUCUACUAAGGCUGCCUGGGUAUCUUUCCAAAUUAUUGCAGCAAUCGGUAUCGGAUUUCCUUUGACGACACAGCUGCCUGCUAUCCAAGCUGUGCUUCCCGAGAGUGAUACUGCUAUCUCCACAAGUAUAUAUUCUUUCAUUCGCUCAUUAGGAUUCAUUUGGGGUGCCCGUAUCCCUUCGAUAAUUUUUAACAGUCGCAUCAAUGCGGCCCUGGAAAGCAUCCCCGACGCAGAUGUAAGAGCUGCUUUUGCUGAUGAAGGUGCCUACGCCUAUGCAAACAAUGUCAAAGAACUUAGUGGUCAACCGCUACAUCAAACACUGAAUCUGUAUGCCAAUGCUCUGCGUACAGUCUGGUAUGCCGGAUUAGCUUUCUCUUUAUUGGGGCUUUUGGUCGUUUUUUUUUUGGAGAAGCAUGUGGAUAUGAGGAAACCUUGAACAUAGAAUUUGGUCUCGAGGAUAUCAGUAAACAAAAGUCGACUACAGAUCAUGAUAUCAAUACGGCCUGAUGAGUAUGAUCAUUCAAUUGAAGAUGAAUAGUUAAACUUCUUCGAUGCAUGGAAAAAUAAUGGAACUGAGGCUACUUUAUCCGUGAACCA